AUGUUUUUCCGUGAAAUUUUUAGUGGUGUACCACGUCGACCACCAGACAGUGUAUUGCGUGAUUUGGAGAAGCUGAAUCAAGAAUUUGAUUUGUCACAUUAUCUGAGUGAGUGUCGGGAACCAGAUUUGCUUGCGGAUAUCGUCAAGUCGCAGGUGAGCUUUUUUUAG